AUGGCGGAGCCGGCCCUCCUGGACCCCUCCCCCUUCGAUCUCCGCCACUACCCGGCGUACCACUUCGACCCGGACAUCCCCCUCGACGCCGGCGGCCUCCCGCUUGGCGAAUUCGCCGGCGACGACGGCUGCGAUGGCCUGGACUUCGACCUGCCCGUGGAUUUCUCUAUCGACGACUUCCUCCUCCGGUCCCCCUACCGCGGGGACGACGGCGACGACUCCGGCGAGGGCUCAGCCGCCGGAUCCGGCCCCACCGCGUCCUCCCCGGCCUCCCCGGCCACCUCCGGCACGAACUCCGCCGUGGCCAACGCCGGCGUCCGCGAGGUGAAGCACGAGGACUCGGACGAGGGAAGGAGCGGCGCCGCCUCGAACUGGAGCCUCAAGCGGAAGCAGGCGAGUCCCGGAGGAGCCACCUCGGACGGGGCCAAGACUCCGACGAGAGGGGGCGCGGGCGGCGAGGAAGAGGACAAGCGCCGGACUGCGCGCCUGAUGCGGAACCGUGAGAGCGCGCAGCUCUCUCGGCAGAGGAAGAAGCGGUACGUCGAGGAGCUGGAGGAGAAGGUGAAAUCGAUGCACUCGGUGAUAAAUGACCUCAAUUCUAAGAUCUCCUUCAUCGCGGCCGAGAACGCCACACUGAGGCAGAAACUCGGUGGUGCCGGGGUGAGUGGCCCGCCACCUGUGGUUUAUCCACCGCCACCACUGCCAGGCAUUCAUUUCCCCUGGGUUCCUGGGUAUGCAAUGCGGCCUCAUGGCUCCCAUGUCCCACUUGUGCCAAUCCCGCGAUUGAAGCCACAGCAGGCAGCAGCUGCAGGGAAGGUAUCCAAGAAACCGGAGGUCAAGAAGUCUGUGGAGAGCAAGAGUAAGACCAGGACCAAGACCAAGAAGGUGGCAAGUAUUAGCCUUCUUGGUUUGCUGUUUGUUGCACUUGUCUUUGGUGCUUUUGUUCCUGGGUUCAAUCAUAGUCUUGGAAUGAGAGGAAGGAGUGACAAUGUGAUGUUUGGAAAUUUUGGCCGUUCUGAUGCUAGGAUGUUUAGUGUCACUAACCAUGGUAAAGGACCUAAAGGUGGUUUAAACAGUAGUGACAUCAUCAGUACUGAUCCUGGAAUGGUUACUGGGCAUGCUGAUGGAGCGGGGCAGAAGCAUCGAGCUGCAAAUGACUCCAGUGAGAUCUUGCCUGCUUUGUUGUAUGUGCCGAGGAAUGGAAAACAUGUUAAGAUCAAUGGCAAUUUGAUUAUUCAUUCUGUGCUUGCAAGUGAGAAAGCAGUGGCACAUAAGGCCUCAAAUGUUCAGUCAGUUAAAGAUUACAAGGAGACCAGUGUUGCUAUAGCUCGCUAUCUGUCCCCACCUGGAAAGGAUAUGAAUUCAAAAGAGACGUUCCCGCCAGAUGCACCACUGCCACAGUGGUUUCGUGAAGGAAUGGAAGGACCCGUUUUGAACUCGGGAAUGUGCAGUGAGGUAUUUCAGUUCGAUAUUUCCGCAGCUUCGGCCAAAUCUGGUGGCAUUAUACCUGCUUCUCCAACUGUGAACUCCUCAAGUGUCAAUGCUACCCAAAAAAUUCCGAAGCCUGCUCCUGCUUAUGGGGGCAAGCUGAAAAACAGGAGGAUCAUGUAUAACGAGGCGAUUCCACUCACUGGAAAAAAGGUGAACAACACAGAGCCUCGGGCGUUUAACAGCACUUCUGAAAGCAGCAAGGUACCUGAUAUCAAGCCAGCAUCAUCAGUUAUCGUCUCUGUGCUAGCUGAUCCCAGGGAGGCUGGCAAUGGGGAUGGUGAUCCAAGAGUAUCACCAAAACCCCUCUCCAGGAUAUUUGUCGUCGUACUGCUUGAUGGUGUCAGAUACGUGACUUACUCGUGCACACUUCCUUUCAAGAGUGCCAGCCCCCACCUUGUGAACUAA